CCUGCGGUGUUUACAGGCGUCCGGAGCCUCUGGUGAGGUGGUGCUGUCUCCGACAGUGAUAUUGCCUGAUUCACUGUGUCAUGUGAGAGGAGUUUGAGCGAAUAAAAAGUUUUUAAAAUAAUAAUAAUAACAAAUUGGAGUUAGUUUUAAAUCAGAUCUGAGGAGCGCCAUGUAUCGGUCUCUGUACGCGUUCAAAUCGAAGGAGCCGAACUCGAUGCCGUUCGCGGCCGGAGAGAGUUUCCUCAUCCUGGAAAGGAGCAACCAGCACUGGUGGCUGGGAUCCCGCUGCAGCUCCGGAGAAACCGGCUACAUCCCGGCCUCCUACCUGGAGAAAAUCCCGGCUCCGGAGCAAGAUGAGGUUCUGCAGUCGAUAGACAGAGCCAUCGAGGGGAUCCACAAUGUGGCCAUGAAGAACGGCGGGAAGUACAACCUGGAGCAGAGAGAUGUGCUGCAGAAGCUGAUCCACCACAGGAAGGAGACGCUGUCUCGCCGUAGUCCGACUCCGUCCAAUCACAAAACAGGAAUUCCCUCCUCCAGCAGUGAGAUGUCUCUAAGCUCCGCCCACCAAACCCCCAACGGCCUGAGCCGGGCUUACAGCUGCCAGGCCAACGAGUCGAUCACAGAUAACGCAGAGAACGUGAAUGUACCGGGACUUUAUCAGGUUCCUCCUCAGCCUCGUCGAGCCGCUCCCAUUACCCCUCCCCCUCCAGAGAAACAAAAAGAUAAACGACGGCCAGGUCCUGAGGUUCCAGUCAGAGUGAUCUCCUCUGGCUCCGCCCACAUCCCCGGUCAGACCACCCCUGUUUCUCUCUCUCCGACCAUAAGCUCCACCUCCUCACAGUCUGGCUCCACCCACUCCAUCGUACUCUCUGAUGACAGCCUUCCCAGUGCGUCUAGCACUCCGCCUCCUGUGCCAAGCCGAUCGAAAGCUCCGCCCCCUCCUCCGCCUGACAUCUCGGACACUCAGAAGACCCCGCCCUUUCCUCAGUCUGAGCUCUCUCACUCUAAACAGACCACUCCUCAUCCUCCUCCACCUGAUCUGUCCCAAUCUAAAAAGACCGCACCCCUUCCUCCACCUGAACCCUCCUCUUCCUCCUCCUCGGACAAAGGUCCGGCCCCUCUAACCCAGCCUCAGCCAAUCAUGUCUCAGUCUGAAAUCGAGGAAGCCGAGUGGCCCUCAGCCCCUCCCUCUGUAUCUCUCAGCCCUACCGCUACUGACAGCCCCAUGUGUCUGUCCUUGGUUCCCAUGACGACAGGGGCGGAGUUGAUUGAGCUGGUCAGGAAGAACACAGGCCUUAGUUACGAGAUGUCACGCGUCGCUGUGGGCAUCGUCGUCGGCCAUCUCCAGGCGACCAUCCCAGGGGCGGCGGCCGAGCUGGAGCAGGUGUUGCUGUCUUUGGUUGAGAACAAGGACCUGAGUGCGGCGUUGCCACGGGGACAGGUGUGUCACGAUGAGCAGCGGUUGGAGGUGAUCUUCAAUGAUUUAGCUCGUCACUGUGACGACUCGCAGCAGCGCAGUUGGGCUCUGUACGAGGACCACGAGCUCAUCGCAUGCUACUUGGAGGAGUUACUGCAGAUACUGACAGAUGCAGAUCCAGAGGUGUGUAAGAGGAUGUGCAGGGCCAAUGAGUCCGAGCCCGUACUGUCUCUUGUCUCUUAUUACCAGAUGGAACAUCGUGUGUCUCUGCGGCUGCUGCUGUUGAAGGUGUUUGGUGCGAUGUGUGGUCUGGACGCCUCGCUCAUCUCCACACUGCUCAACUCCAUCCUCCCCAUGGAGCUCGCACGAGACCUGCAGACCAACACACACGAACAUCAGAAGAUGUGUUACACAGCGCUGGUGUUGGCCAUGAUCUUCUCCAUGGGGGAGCAGCUUCCCUACCACCAUUACGAUCACCUGAACUCUGGAUUUAUUCAGUUCCUGUUAGACGUGAUUGAGGACGGACUUCCAUCAGACCCGACUGAACAGCUCCCAGACCUGAGUGUCAACCUGCUGCUCGCCUUCAACCUGCACCUCACAGUGCCGGACAGUAACGUGGUGAUGCAGACUCUCAUAAAGAGACAUAAUGUGAAAACUCUUACUGAGAAAAUCAUGCUGCUGCUCAACAGAGGAGAAGACCCUGUGUGUGUAUUUAAACACGCCCCCCCGGCUCCACACUCCGUACUCAAGUUCCUGCAGGACGUUUUCUCCAGUCCCAACACGUCCGACAUUUUCUACCACACCGACAUGAUGGUGAUGAUCGACAUCGCAGUCCGGCAAAUAUCAGACCUGUCUCCGGGAGAUAAGCUGAGGAUGGAGUACCUCUCGCUCAUGCAUGCCAUUGUGCGCUCCACCGAUUACCUGCAGCAUCAGCACCGUCUCUCUGACCUGCGGGCAGCGCUGCGGAGGAUUCUGGGAGAGGAGGACGACCUCGGCAAGGACGAGAGCUCGGCUCAGGCCAGAUACAUGGACAAGCUCAUAGUGCAGCAGAUUUAUAGAGAGUUCCCUCAGCUCGGCACAGAAUGACGGCUCCGUCCCUAAAGCCGACCGAGUGCACUGCACCGAGGUCCCUUACACACGGGGAGCAGGUGUAGAGUCGAACUUCACAGUACGACAUGUACGAGGAAUUUCUCAACAUAAAUGCCCAUAGAGACAAAACAAGUGCAUUACCAUAUUUUCCAGAUGAUCUACACUCUCUGAAAUACUUUGUUUCACUUUAUUAUAGCAGCUUCUUUAACCCAAAAGUCGAUCAGUGGCAUCAUUAAGGUCCAUAAUCUCAAUUUAGAUUAAAAGAUUGUGUAAAAUAGCAGCAGCAAACGGCAGCAGUACUAUACACACGUUUAAUUAAAAAAAAAAAAAAAAAGAAGUAAUAUUUGGGUUGGGGGGGUUUCAGUCAUCAUCUGCAUCAGUUCCAGCUACACCUGCACCUUUAGACUUUUUUGGGGGGGGGCACUUGCUCAAGUUUUCAGAUUACAGUAAGUCAUACUUGAGAUGCUGUUCAGAUUUAUACACAGAUUAUAACGUCUGUAUGCACCUUAUAGUCUGGGAAAUACGGUAAUGAGUGCUGGAGGUCAGAUUACAUUAAACAGAUUGUAGCUAACUCAUGGACUUCCUCAGGCUUCUUCAUCAGCAUUAGGGAAUAAAUCUGAUCUAACAACCUGCAGUGGUUUUCCAUGUUCGUGUAGAGCACACUUCCUCACACUUCAUCACACUUCAACUGAAUCUCAGCUUCCUGAGCCUUAUAAACCUCCUGUGCUGUGUCCUAAACCGAGCUGUUCUGGUGAGCUUCAUACUGCAAUACUCUUAAUGUCCGUGUUUUUCAUCCAUUCAAUUGAUCAUUUUUGUUCAGAUACAUCUCACAUCUUCUCAGUCUCUACCGCUCUCCUCUUUUUUUCUGGGUGUUUUAGUUGAUUAAUUAUUAUUCAAUAAUUAUUAUUGUAACGUAAUGGAGGAGAACUUCUUUGCCUGUCUGUCCAGUAUUAAACAUUAGAUCAGGGGUACCUAGUGAGCUCUUUCUGUCAGUAUUAUAACUCACACACACUCUUUAACUCGUACACACAGGAACAUACAGUAUGCCAAUGCAGAGAAACACUGAACUCAGAAUCCAAGGCGUGAUUGAGUGAACACGCUGUGUGUGAGAGAUUGUGUGGAAGUGAUGAAUUGAGUGUGAAUCUAUGUUGCUUUAAUGAUGUGUUAAAGCUGAGGUGAUUGUGUUCAGAAGGGAAUUGGUAACAAAAUGUAUUUUCGUAAAAGUUUACAACACUAAUAAAGAUGCCAGUCAUCCUAAUGAACAUUAA